ACUGCUGGUGGACAGACAGGAGUCUAUUUUUGUGAGCCAUUCACAUUUGGCACAGCCACUAUAAAUCUGAUUGAUUUUUCUCCAUUGACUCUCAGAAAGUCAUUUGCUGCCUCCUUCACACACACUUUUCUUCAGUUUUGAGGUAGGACUGUUCAGCUUCAAGUGCGGGAAUUUAAGACAAUCAUGGCUGAUACACCUAAAAAAUCACAGAUCUCAUCCUCUCGAAGACUUGGGUUGAAGAUUAGACUGCUGGCAGUCGCUGCUCAGAUGCUGCAGGAGGAGACGGAACAGAAGAUGAAGGAAAGAGAAGCUACUCUGGCAGAAAGACUUCCUCCUCUAAAUAUGUCUGGUCUGUCUUUGCAAGAGCUGCAGGAUCUUUGCAAAGACUUGCACCACAAGAUUGAUGUUGUAGAUGAGGAGUGGUAUGAUAUUGGCCUAAAGGUGUCCAAAAACAAAAUGGAGAUUGACAACAUGAAUCUGAAGAUCACUGAGAUUCAGAGUAAGUUCAAGAAACCGACCCUGAAGAGAGUGAAGAUCUCAGCUGAAGCCAUGCUGAGCGUUCUGCUGGGCUCCAAACAUAAGGAGUCCAUCGACUUCAAGGCCAACCUCAAAACGGUCAAGAAGGAAGAGGAGAAGAAGGAGGAGGUGACUGACUGGCGUAAGAACGUGGAGGCCAUGUCUGGUAUGGAGGGCAGGAAGAAGCUGUUUAAUGCCGGACAAUAGAUUUUAUAUUUAUGGACAUUUUGAUGCCUCCAGCAACUAAGGAAACUUUUUACUUUUGUUUAAGAGAUCUUCUUCUUCUUAACAUUACUUACUUAAAGUGAUUUAUGAAUUGCAGGUAGAACAAACACCCUCAAAACCAGCAUAGUCUUGCUCUAAUUUUAUAAAAAUAAAAAGGAAAAGGAACAGGUGUUGUUUAUUCAAAGAAGGACUGUGGGCUUCAAUUGGCCUUAAAAUCAUACUGAUAAUCAAUAUACAUCAGUAUUUUUAGAAACAGUUUUGUGUCAUUAGCUGCUUUGUGAUGCAGUGACUGUUAGCAGCCUUGUGAUGGCAGCAUAACUCUUUCAAACCAUCAGAGGACACUCAGACACUUGUGGACCUACAGAAUAGUAUGUUGACUG